AUGGAAAACCAUAAACCACAUAAUACCGUCAGGGAAAACUCAAUUUUUGAUAUCAUAGCCAGAAAAAUUGAACUACUACCAGAAGCAGAAAGGAAUCUACUUGAACACGGAUCCAUAUAUGUUGGACUCAAUGCUGCUUUCUGUGACCUAAUAGCAAACAGUCUUUUUCGGCGCGUCUUACAUGUGACACAGGCCCGAAUAGCUGCUGGUUUACCAAUGUCAGUGCUCCCAUUUCUGACAGCAAAUGCAUCUUUCAAAGGUUUUGUAAGUUUACCUUUGAGUACAGGUGAACUGCAUUGUGAAACCUGUAUCGUGACAUGGAGUGGACUUAUUGGUUUUGUCUUAGGAGGACUGUACCCUGUUUUCUUGGCUAUACCUGUAAAGGGUGGUCUAGCAGCCAGGUAUCAAUCAGCUCUGCUACCAGAGAAAGGAAACACCUUAACUUACUGGAUUAGAAUUUCUAAGCCUAUCUUCAGAAGGAUGUUAUUUCCCAUUUUACUUCAGACUAUGUUUGCAGCAUACCUUGGGUCUAGACAAUAUAAAGUACUUAUAAAGGCUCUUCAGUUACCUGAACCUGGCCUAGAAAUUCACUGA